AUGCCGCUCUCCUAUUCCAUCCAAGAUCAUUCUGCGCUUUUCGGUGUCGGUUUCAGUACCAGUACACAUUUAGAAAGACUGGAAGCCGCCCAAACUUUCUACCAAGUGCGCAGGGAUAUUGAAAAAGCAAAAACGAGACUCGCCUCCCUCACGGCAGUUGCCUUUAGGAAGAGAAAACGGGAGUUUCGGGCGAAGAUUGUCAAGGUUCUAUGUGGAAACCAUGACAGUCAGGUCCUGGCGACAUUGCCGGCUUUAGGACAGCACAAUGGUAGUCCUCAGCGUGUCUGGCACUUCAUCGUCGCCUGUAUGACAUUUUCCGAGGAGCUUUGCAAGAAGAUUCAGCAAGCAGGUCUGGUUGAAGAUCUUCCCGACUUGUUUCGAGGCAUCGUUGGUCAUAUUGCUGUCCCCGCGGAGACGAGCACCGCUAUCAUCGAAACUUUGAGAGAGAUUUGCAAUGAACACAAAAUUCAGUCUACCAACAUGUUACUUGAUAGAUUGGACGCCACCGAAAAUGCACCUGCAAUGACGGCGAGCGAGUCGCGAAAUCAGCCCCCGCUCAAAAGAGCACGCACCGAGCCAGAUGGCUUCGAUGCAACUUCACUUUGGAAGGAGAUCAUGGAGAUUGACGAAGAACACCUAGAACGUGGUGAUGCACCGUUGGUUGUUCCUCUCAGGCAAAUCGUUAUCCAGUUCUCUGAAGCCAAUGCCCAUCGCCUAGAAACGCUUUUGGGCAACUCCCCCCUUGCACUUGCCUGCAAGAAAAGCCGCCAAUGGCGUUGGGAAAGACUGAACGAUGAAGUAGCUGUCGACCCUGAUAAACAGCAGACAAGCUGCAUGAUUGCACUUGAUACCAUUCCGGCUGGCAAGUAA